CUGAUGAAUGCUUAUCCGUCACUAUCUUCAUCAGCUCCAAUUCUGCUCGAGGCACCGAGCCCCAACCACCGCCAAAUCCCUCCAUGCUCAGAUCUUCAAGCUCGGCCUCUCCCAAUGUUGGGGUUUGGCCAACAUUCUCGUCGAUGCCUACGGCAAAUGCGGCGCCGUUUCUCAUGCUCUUCACAUGUUCGACGAAAUGCCACACAGAGAUCACAUCUCAUGGGCCUCGAUUCUCACCGCUCUUAACCACGCCAAUCACUCCCGUAAAACGCUCUCCAUAUUUCCUUCCAUGGCUUCUAAUGACGGGUUGUAUCCGGAUGGUUUCGUGUUCUCCGCUCUUGUCAAGGCUUGUGCUAACUUGGAAUCCAUUAGGCUGGGGAAGCAAGUUCAUGCUAGUUUCUUAGUCUCGGUGUAUUCGGAUGAUGAUGUUGUGAAAUCUUCUCUGGUUGAUAUGUAUGCCAAAUGCGGAUUGCCAGAUAGUGCUAGAGCUGUUUUCGAUUCUAUUGGAACGAAAAACACGAUUUCUUGGACCUCUAUGAUAUCUGGGUACGCGAGAAGUGGAAGAAAGGAGGAGGCUUUCGAGCUUUUCCAGGGAUUACCAGUUAAGAAUUUGUAUUCUUGGACUGCUUUGAUAUCGGGUUUAGUCCAAAGCGGAAAAGGGCUUGAUGCAUUUUAUGUGUUUACUGAAAUGAGGAGGGAAGGGGUCAACAUUGUGGAUCCUUUAGUUCUUUCGAGUAUGGUCGGUGCUUGCUCUAAUUUGGCAGCUUCUAUAUCAGGGAGGCAGGUUCAUGGUUUAGUUCUAUCUCUCGGAUUUGAAUCUUCGGUGUUUGUUAGUAAUGCACUGAUCGAUAUGUAUGCAAAAUGCAGUGAUAUCGUAGCUGCAAAGAACAUUUUCAGUAGAAUGCACCACAGAGAUGUAGUUGCUUGGACAUCACUUAUCGUCGGUAUGGCCCAGCACGGGCGAGCUGGGGAGGCACUAGCCUUGUAUGAUGAUAUGGUUUCAAAUGGGGUAAAGCCGAAUGAGGUUACAUUUGUUGGACUGAUUUAUGCGUGUAGUCAUGUCGGUCUUCUAGCCAGAGGUCGCGAGCUUUUUAAAUCAAUGGUCGAGGGCUAUGGAAUCCGGCCAUCGUUACAGCACUAUACAUGCUUACUGGAUCUUCUUGGCCGGUCUGGCCUCCUUAAUGAAGCUGAGAACGUAAUCCAAACGAUGCCAUAUCAGCCAGAUGAACCGACAUGGGCAGCUUUUCUUAGCGCUUGUAAGCGCCAUGGACAAGUUCAGAUGGCUGUGAGGAUAGCCGAUCACCUUUUACAGAACUUCAAACCUAAAGACCCAUCAACUUAUAUACUUUUGUCUAACGUUUAUGCCAGUGCAUCUCUGUGGGAAAAGGUGUCGGAAUCAAGAAGGAAACUUUCAGAUAUGGAAGUGAAAAAGGAUCCGGGAUUCAGCAGUGUCGAAGCUGGAAAAGUGACUGAAGUUUUUUAUGCAGGAGAAACAUCUCAUCCUCUAAAAGACGAGAUUUUCGGAUUGCUUAAGAAGUUUGAGGACGAGAUGAGAAGAAAAGGGUAUGUUCCCGAUACGAGCUUGAUCCUGCACGACAUGGAUCAGCACGAGAAAGAGAACUCGCUGUUUUGGCACAGCGAGAGAUCGGCUGUGGCCUACGGGAUUCUGAAGGCUGUUCCAGGAACCGCGAUCCGGGUUGUGAAGAAUCUUAGGGUUUGUGGAGAUUGCCAUGUUGUUCUGAAACAUAUCAGCUACAUUGCGAAAAGAGAGAUCAUUGUCCGUGACGCCACGAGAUAUCACCAUUUCAAGGAUGGGAAAUGCUCCUGCAAUGACUUCUGGUGACU